AUGGGAAGAGUAGUGUGGAUGGUUUCGGGGUUUGAUAAGAAAGCAGGGGAGGGAGGAGGAGAGGCAGGAGGAGAGGGGGAAGGAGAGGAGGGAGGAGGGGAGAGAAGAGAGGAGGGAAGAGGGGAGGGAGAUUGCAUGGAAGGCGAGCAAGGGAACGUGGAGGAAGGGGUUGGAGCAGGAGAGGGGAAAGAGAGUGGGAUCGAUAGGGGAGGCAGCAGCAGUGGGGGAGGGGCUGCAGCAGCGGACGGAGAAGAGAAAGGAGAAGAGGGAGGGGUUUUGAGCGGGGGAAAAGAGAGGGAUGGGGAGGAGGGGGCUGCUAUGCCAGGGGCAGGGGCAGGGGCAGUGGAAGGGCCAGGGGAGGAAGCAGUUGGGGUUGAAAUUAAAGGAGAGAAAUGCACAACGACAGAUACGCGAGACCAUUCUUCUGGUUCUCCUCCUCCUCUUGUUGCCACUGGUGCCUCUGCUGCUGCUGCUGCUCCUGCCACCACUCUUCCUCACGCCCCUUCCACUCGUGAGGCUGUCCCCGCUUUGCCUCCCCGGCUGCAGCAGCUGGUGUGGUUCGAUCUAGGGGAGUAUCAGUUUGCACGGGGGGAUAUCUGGCAAGCGGCCCGGCUGUUUGCAGCAUGCGAGGCUGGAGCGAGAGGGGAGGGUGAGAGGGAGUGGCAGGGCGAGGGGGAAGGUGAGAGGGAGCUGGAGGGCGAUGGGGAGGGGCAUGGGGAUGGGGAUGAGGAUGGGAAUGGGGAUGGGGAUGGCCAUGGGCAUGGGAAGGGGGAAGGGGGGAGGUUGGGAAGGGAAGAGGGCGAGGGUGAGGGGGGAAUGAAGGGUUUUGGAAAGGCUGAUGGGGAUAGGGAGGAGACGAUGGGAAUGGAGGGAGAGGUUGUUGCAAAGGCGAGUUGUGGGGCGUCUCAGGAGAGGAAGAGGGGGCAAGAGGGAGUUCCAGGGGCAAGAGAGGGAAAGAGGUCUGGAGGGAAGGAGAGGGAGGAGGUGGGGGAGGGAGAGAAGGGAGAGGAGGGAGAGGAAGAAGAAGGGCGGGAGGAGCGGGAGGGGAGAAAGGGGGAAAAGCAAAAGGCAGAAGAGGGAGCAGAGGAGGAUUUGGAGAUGAAAGAGGGGGACAGAGAAGGGGAAGGAGUGGGGGAGGGAGAGGGGAACAGAGAGGGAGAGAGAAGGGGGGAGGGAGAGGGUGAGGGGGAGGGAGAGGGGGAGGGAGAGGGGGAGAGGCGGGGAGAAGGGGAGUCAGCAAAGGGGCAGAGACCUGUAAGAGUGGCUAGUUUUGGAUGCAAAGUGGAGGUAGAGGAGGAGCGGAAGGCAGAAGGAGUAGAGGCAGGGGUGGGGGAGGAGGAGGGGGAGGAGGGAGAGGAGGAGGAGGAGGAGGAGGAGGAGGAGGAGGAGGAGGAGGAGGAGGAGGAGGAGGAGGAGGAGGAGGAGGAGGAGGAAGAGGAGGAGGAGGAGGUGGAGGAGGAAGAAGAGGAGAGAGGGUAG